UUUUAUAUAGUAUCGUAGUCUGAAAUUAGCAUUACUGAAAAAAGUUCUUUAACACUCAUCUUCCCAUCUGGUCCUUCUUGAAAUAUUCAUUCAACUAUGAACUCAUCAAUUUCCAUACAAACCCUAUAUGAAUCCGCGCCUGUAAGUUGUUUAUUCAUUUGCUCCAUGUUAUUUGUUUUCCGACAGCAAUGCAACAACGUUGUUACAACGUCACACUGAUAUUCAACUACAACACGAUACCAGAGAAUUCAUUCCGUUCAACUGUCGUAGCGAUAAAUACAAUUCGAUCUAGUUCUUGUCACCGAUGAAUCGAAUGUGAUUUUAAGGGUUUCACAACGAUGCAGUGAGUUCAUGGAAAAAGGUUUUAUAGAAACAAUGGACGACGCAGAAGGCGACUUAGAUAUGCUGCCGAGUGCAAUUACCUUUUUCGACAAUCGG